AACGGGCUGCCACUACUUCCCCUAACAUCACACAGCUGGAGAAGCAGCACGACGACAACAUGAGAAUUACACCUAUUCAUAUAUUGUUGGUCCUGGCUGCUGCCUGUGUCCCUGCCCUCUGUGGCUCAGGGGAACAGCCAGUCCUGCAGCCCGAGGCCCCGGCGGAAACCCGCUCCCGCUUUGCCGCUCUGGACGAUGUGCGUCUCCUGGCAAACGGCCUCCUCCAGCUGGGUCAGAGCCUGCGGGAGUUUGUUCAGAAGACAAAAGGACAGAUAAACGACAUUCUCCAGAAGAUCAACAUCUUUGACCGCUCGUUUUACCAGCUGUCAGUGCUUGCCAGUGAAAUAAAAGAGGAAGAAGAGGAACUGAAGAAGACUACGGUGGUGCUGAAAGCCAAUAACGAUGAGAUCAAGGGCCUGUCAGUUGAGAUCAACUCCAAAGUGGACAACAUCCUGCAGGAGAAGAGCCGGCUACAGGACAAGGUGGAAGGGUUGGAGGAGAAGCUGAGCAACCUGUCGCAUGGCCUGGUGACGAGCGAACAAAUGGCAGAGAUCAACAGCCUCAGGGAGGUGAUCCACAACCAGGAUCAGAGCAUCACAGAGCUGCUGAAGGCUGUGAGGGAGCAGAGCGACCAACUCAACUACCAAAGGGUUCAGCUUAAGACACUGGAGGAAAAGCUUACAGUCAACACAUUGGCCCAGGAGACCAUUGAGAGGAUGCCUGAAACCUACAAUAAUGAAGCACCAACACUCACCCCUUAUCUGACCUCAAGCUUUACCAGCACCAACGCCAUGAUGAACCUGCCAUUGGACUGCAGUGACCUGUUCAACGGAGGGGAACGAAUCAGUGGCCUUUAUGUCAUCAAACCCACUGGAGCGGAGCCCUUUAUGGCUUUUUGUGACAUGAGCAAAGAUCAUGGAGCCACAGUCAUCCAGCGAAGAAAUGAUGGCUCAGUGAAUUUCGAUCAAAUCUGGGAGAAGUAUGAAAAUGGGUUUGGAGAUUUUCAAGGAGAGUUUUGGCUCGGUCUCAGGAAGAUCCACUCUCUAGCCGCUCAGGGCAACUCUGUCCUUCACAUCGAGCUGGAAGACUGGAAACAGGACAGGCGCUCCAUCGAAUACAGAUUUAACUUUAAUGGUCCUGAGAGCAACUACACCAUUCACCUCACGCAUCUGUCUGGAGAGUUGCCGGACCCCAUGAGCAACCAUUCUGGCAUGAUGUUCUCAACCAAGGACAGGGACAAUGACAACCUCCAGGGCUUCAACUGUGCCCAAGACUACACAGGUGGAUGGUGGUACAACGCUUGCGGAGAUACUAACCUAAAUGGGAGAUAUUUCCACAUGAGACCUAAGGGGCGCUCGGAUCGUAAGAGAGGGAUUCAAUGGAGGCCGGGCCGAAGGGCAUCUUACUCCCUCAAGUUCACCCAGAUCUCUGUAUACCCUGUGUCUUCUCCUAGCGCCAUCUCCACCACAUCGGCCUCCUCUGAAGCAGGUGUUUUUCAGUGAUCCGUCACCACCAUCAUCCAGUAAAUAAACAUUAACAGUGACCUCUCCAUGAGCCUUGGCAAUGCUUCAUGUGGCAGACAUGGUUUAAGAAGGCGUGUGCAGAGAGGAAGGUGUUUUUCUCCAAGUGAGAAGCAUGCUUAACUGAGGAAGCUGAACAAAUGUAUAACUGCCUGCUAGGAUCAUCUUUAAUGUGAUUGAACUCUUGUAUUGUGAAACCUCAGAGUUAGCAAUUAAAAUAUAUCUUCACUCACUGCAUCUCAGAGUACAAAGGUUAUGGUGACGAAAUUAAAACAUACAGCCAUAUGUAAGCAGUUUUUAUAUUGGGUCACAUUGACUCUCAGAGCAAUGGUUCCCAAAAUACAGUAGGGCAAGGACCCCUUAAAUGGAUCGCAAGAUACAAUCUAAGGACAGAAUUAGGAUGAGAAAGACUGCUACAAAAUGGAUCUUUCUGAAACACUUUUUAGUGGUUUGUUGUCUUGUAAGCGAACCUAGCUGUAGGGAUAUCAAUGUGCCUUAAGAUAAGAGUGUGUCAAUGAUAAAUGUGUUGUUGUAUCGGACUCAUUUUCACUAUCUCUCUAUACUUCAUACUGUUAAUAUUCCAAGCUCUAAGUGUGAAGUCAUUGUUACCGCACAACCUGAGUUCAGUGAGUCUGCAACUUGCCACAUCUUGGUUUAUAUGGAGGUUGACAGAGUGACUGCAAAACAGUUCAAAUCUAAGGCCCUCGCUCUGACCCUUCUACCAGUUGACUUGACAUGACCGUUCUAGCCCUAUUCUAUUUCUAUGGUACAGAUUCAUCUCCUCCCUAACAUUAAACAAUAUUUAAUUGUUGCAAGAGCUGAAUUGAAUGAUUGUUUCCUCGAUGAAUUGUUUAAAAAACGUCGGCAAAUAGCAAAAAAAGCACCAGCACUAAUGUGACAACACCGAGUCCAGAGUCCAAAACUCCCAAAAUGUAGUACUUCAGUAAUUAAUCAAUCGUCAAUAUAGUUGCUGAAAUGACAUCCCAAUCAGAUAUUGUUUUAUUUGGACAGGUCAUGAGGCCAAAAAGGUUGGGAACCAUUUCCAGAUAAUAACAGUCAUCUUUACUGUUUUGUGGAAUAUUUUAUUCAUUUGUAAUAAAAACAUAUAUGAUGGUGACUCCAAA